CCCACUUCCUCCAGGAGUCAGCGGGUCUGUGUCUGAACCUUAGACCUCCUGUAGACUGCAGUCCAGACCAGUUCCUCUUUCAGCUGUCUGAGUCCAGACCAAAUUAGCCCCAGGAGACAGUAGUGGGGCAAGUGCCAAAGGGAACACAGCCCAAAGGGACAACGGAGAGAUGGAGGACAAGUCAAAUGUCUACUUUGGACCCUGUGGCAGGUGCAGGGAGGCAGUGCACAGUGUGGAUGGAGCCUGUCGAGCCAUGGGACAGAUAUUUCACUCCAAAUGUUUCACCUGCUCCUCCUGCUGUAAAUUGCUGACUGGAAAACCAUUUUAUACAGUAUCAGGAAAAAUCUACUGUGAAGACGACUUUUUGUACUCAGGAGUCCAUCCAAAGUUAGAAAUCUGUGCAGCUUGUGGACACCUCAUCGAUGAUCAUGUGCUGCAGGCAUGUGGGAUGCCCUACCACCCCUCGUGUUUCUGCUGUGUGAUGUGUGGACAGAGUUUAGUAGAUCUGCCUUUUACUGUGGACACUCAAAACAACAGGGUCUAUUGCAUCAGCGACUACCACAAGGUGAAAGCUCCCAGAUGUGCUGCCUGCAAGAUGCCAAUUCUCCCAACAGAGGGCUCGACAGACUGUAUCCGAGUGGUUUCUCUCAACAGAAGUUACCAUGUGGAGUGCUUUGGCAGUGAAGUGAAUCUCAUCUAAAGUGUAUAUGUUUAUUAUAUAUUAAUAUCUUAGUAAUAAUAAAACACUUGUAAUUGAA